AUGGUUGCGCCAGCAGUGCCUGAAUUAUCCGAGGACGUCCUCCACGAGUCGAUCGAUGCCAGGACGGAAUCGCUUGCCGCGUUGCGAGAGCUGGGCCCGCCGGAUCUUGUGCAUCUCGUGAAGCAAGCAGUGCGCAAUCCGGGAAAGCAGGCCGGCGUCUACCAUCACGUUACCGGUGUCGAUGCGUCGUCUUCGGCAAGUCUUGCGGCUUACAUCAACACGCUGACGUACAGAGACCAUGACCCAAACACAACCACCAGAAUCGUGGAGGGUGUAUACUGCUGCUACAAUGCCUUCUCUCGGUUAGACAUGCGGGUGCAUGUGUCGAUUCCCGGAACUGUCGAGAGCUACUGCGUCGACGAGCGAGGCGAAAAGCGAAAGGCAUCGGACGACCUGUGGCUGGAAACAUAUCUUUGCAGCGUCCUAAGAGCAUACUCGUACGCCGACGACGGUAGCGGCGAUAGCAUCCGCAAGAUUGUCGGCGUCCGAAGAUUCAAUCCCGUCACCAACACAGAGACUGAGCAUCGCUUUCUUAACUCGGCCGAACAGCUCUUCUUUAGAGGAUGGCAACUAGGAUCCGAUUCUAUUGUUCAGGUCCCUACGAAUGUAUCAAAUCAUCUCACCACCGGAUUGCUCAAGUAUCUCGAGACUACCGGCCGCUAUACAUCCGGCAUCAACCUCUUCGAGAAGCUUCGCACUCAAAGCGUCGAGGUUGCCUCGCUGUUGGCAAAAGUAAUGUUCAUGGGCCACGAGGAAGUGUCAGGAGUAAAGGUUCUCUAUCAGUCGCUUCAACAAACUCCAAUGGACUAUGUCAUGCUCGACACGCAGGCAGAUUUCCUCUUGAAGAAGGCCUCGAAAGCCGAGACACCAGAGUUGAAAGAGGAGAGGCUCAGGAUGGCCCUCGGCUGUGCAGACCGCAGUACCAUUGCUGCGCCAAGCGAAUUUGGCACUUGGGCCAGGUUGGCUCAAGUCUAUGUUGCCAUGGAGGACUGGGAGAAUGCUCUAACAAUUCUAAACUCGUGCCCCAUGUUUACUUAUCAGGACAAGGACUCUCCUCUGAUGCCUGAGCCGAGAGACGUUCACCUGCCCACCCUUCCCGAAACGCGCCUUGAUGAGAUUGACAGCGAACCAGAGUCGAGAUACUCGGAACAAGUUGACCCGAGUUUACUGAGUCUGAGGGCAGCAUCCUACCGCGGCACAUUUAAGAAGGCGUACAGCAUAUUGACGGAAAUGACGUCCAAGAUUGGUUGGGAUCAGCUUUUAAAGAUUCGCAGCAACGUCUUCGUCAUGGAGGACGAGUACCGUACCGAGAAGCAGGAAGCCACCCAGGCCGCCCAGCCGAAGCGGAGUCCAAGUAUGGAUGGCCUUCGCGGCACACCAGACCCAACUACGAAUGGAGACGAGGGCUCGGACGAUGGGAAUGACAAGGCUUCGGAGCCGACCGCAACGACAUUGGCCCCCAAUGGAGAGGGCGGUGGAGUUGAGAAGCCUUCCAGUACAGUGGACCCGGAUGAGGUCAAGGCCGAUAAUGAGAAUGGCACGAAUGCCGAUGACCAUCUCUCCAAACUAAACACCAAACGGCUCUGUGAGCGUUGGCUUGAUAGCUUGUUCAUGGUUCUCUAUGAAGAUCUGCGAGUCUACACGAUCUGGCGCACGCAAAUGGCCCAGUACCGCGCGCAGCAGAUACAAUACAAGAAGUCGGCGGAAGAGUGGGAGAUUCUCGGUUCGCUUGCGGAACGGCUGCAGCACUUUGACGAGGCCGCCGAAGCAUACCGUGCCUGCCUGUCCCUGCGCUUCAGCCCCAAGGCCCUAGCUGGUGUGCUCCGCGUCUUUGAGAAGACCAAGAGCACGAGAGAGACGGUGGCGGCAGUGAUUCGACUGGUUACCUGGCAGUACAGGUGGUACAGCGAGUUCAGCCCGGAGCUCCUGCAUACCAUCCGGACCCUGAUCGAGGAUGAAGGCGCCGUCAAAGUCAGGAGCAUCAUCCAAGCAACAAGCCUCCCGCAGCAUGUGCUUGAUCUGACGCACCACUAUGCGGCUCUAUGCGCAACAUUCCGCAGCAGCGGCACAGAUGGUUAA